UGAGAACUCUCUCGCACGUUGGGAGAGAGAAAGAGAAACCUCGAGAACAGAGACCUCCUCCGCUCCUUUUCUUUUUUUGCCUUUUCCUCUUUUCUCCCAUUCCUUUCUCCAAAAUUACCGGAAAGCCAUCCUCUGGUUUUCUUCUCCGCCAUGUCCGUGCGAAGGCGAACCCUGCUCAAGGUCAUCGUUCUCGGAGAUAGCGGGGUCGGGAAGACGUCUUUGAUGAAUCAAUAUGUACACAAGAAGUUCAGCCAACAGUAUAAAGCUACCAUUGGUGCUGAUUUUGUCACAAAGGAACUUCAAAUUGAGGACAGACUUGUAACUCUGCAAAUAUGGGACACAGCAGGACAAGAAAGAUUCCAAAGUCUUGGCGUUGCAUUUUAUAGGGGGGCAGAUUGCUGUGUUCUUGUUUAUGAUGUUAACGUGCUCAAAUCAUUUGAUACUCUUGACAACUGGCAUGAUGAGUUUCUUAACCAAGCAAGGCCUUCUGAUCCAAAAACAUUUCCAUUUAUCUUACUUGGAAACAAGGUCGACAUAGAUGGAGGGAACAGUAGAGUGGUUUCAGAGAAAAAAGCAAAGGAGUGGUGUGCUUCCAAGGGAAACAUACCGUACUUUGAAACGUCAGCGAAAGAGGAUUACAAUGUCGAUGCCGCCUUCCUAUGUGUUGCAAAAACGGCACUAGCCAAUGAACGCGAGCAGGACAUCUACUUCCAGGGCAUUCCAGAGGCCGUUUCCGAAACGGAGCAGAGGGGCGGAUGUGCAUGUUGAGGUGUGCCAUUCUCAAGGAAUAGAAAGUCAAAGCAGCUACCAAACCCUCACCUGACUGGUUUGUCGUAUGGAUACCUUUUUUUUUAAAAAAAAAAAAAUCCGUCAAGAUUGCUGGCCAUUUUUUGUGUUGUACCACAUGUAUACUAGGCUCUUGUCAUCUGUAAGACCAGUUUUUUUUUUUUCUUUAUUUUCUUUUUCAUCUGCUAUUGUUUUUUGUAAGAAUGCUGAAUGGUUUCUAGAGGCCAGUUUUAGUUUUUUCAUCUGCUAUUGUUUUUUGUAAGAAUGCUGAAUGAUUUCUAAAGAGGCUGUAACAAGAAAAUGUCUGGAACUGGAGGAAGCUGAAUUUGGAUC